AUGCAAUUCCAGUACGAGCCUCACCUUGGCACUCAAGUCCCGCUGCUACGCUCAGAUGAUGAGCUCAUCGAGAUACUGGAAGACAACCAAGUGCAGCUACAGAACCUCAUGUCUUCUAAGCACAUCCCCCAUUUCCUGGAUGAAGUGGCGACUUGGCAGCGCAAGCUUUCUGUGGCUGAUUCAGUCAUUUCCAUUUGGUUUGAGGUGCAACGAACUUGGAUCCACCUGGAGAGCAUCUUCAUUGGCUCAGAGGACAUGCGCUCACAACUGCCUGAGGACUCCAAGCGCUUCGAAGGUAUUGAUGCCGAUUUCAAAGAGCUGGCUAACGCUAUGCAUGAAACGCCCAACGUAGUGGAGGCCACCAGUAGACCUGGUCUGUUCAACAAACUUGAGGACAUCCAGUGCAGGCUGUCCAUGUGUGAAAAAGCCCUAGCGGAGUAUCUGGAUACCAAGCGACUGGCAUUCCCUCGAUUUUACUUCAUCUCUUCAGCCGAUCUCUUAGAUAUCCUGUCUAAUGGGACCAACCCACACCAGGUUCAGAAGCACCUGUCUAAACUGUUCGACAACAUAAGUCAACUGCGAUUGGAAGCAGUUGGGCAGGGGAAUCCUCCUAAGAUUGGUGUGGGCAUGUACAGCAAAGAACACGAGUAUGUCACCUUUAAUCAGUCCUGCGACUGUUCUGGACAGGUGGAGGUUUGGUUAAACCGGGUAUUAGACACCAUGCGCUCCACUGUUCGUCAUGAGAUGACAGAGGCAGUUACAACCUAUGAGGAAAAACCCAGAGAACAGUGGUUGUUCGAUUAUCCAGCUCAGGUGGCUUUGACCUGCACUCAGAUCUGGUGGACAUCAGAUGUGGGCAUGGCUUUUGCCCGUCUAGAGGAAGGUUAUGACGGCGCUCUAAAGGAGUAUUAUAAGAAGCAGGUGUCUCAUCUCAACACCCUUAUUUCAAUGCUAAUUGGCCAGCUUUCACCUGGAGAUCGGCAGAAGGUUAUGACCAUCUGCACUAUCGAUGUCCACGCCAGAGACGUGGUUGCCAAGAUGAUUGCUCAGAAGGUGGAGAAUUCUCAGGCAUUCAUGUGGCUUUCCCAGCUGAGGCACCAUUGGAAUGAAAAUGAAAAGCACUGUUUUGCAAAAAUCUGCGAUGCAAAGUUCCUCUACUCCUAUGAGUACCUGGGUAAUACGCCUAGAUUGGUCAUCACGCCUCUAACAGACAGGUGUUACAUCACCCUGACUCAGUCCCUCCACCUGACUAUGAGCGGCGCUCCGGCUGGCCCUGCAGGAACAGGGAAGACUGAGACAACCAAAGACCUGGGGCGAGCACUUGGAAUCAUGGUCUACGUGUUUAACUGCUCUGAGCAAAUGGACUACAAGUCCUGUGGAAACAUCUAUAAAGGUCUGGCUCAGACAGGCACGUGGGGCUGUUUUGAUGAAUUUAACAGGAUCUCAGUGGAGGUGCUGUCUGUGGUGGCAGUGCAGGUCAAAAGUAUUCAGGAUGCCAUCCGGGAUAAGAAACAUAGGUUUAUUUUAAUGGGCGAAGAGGUAAACCUUUGCCCCACUGUCGGCAUCUUCAUCACGAUGAAUCCAGGCUACGCUGGUCGGGCGGAGCUUCCUGAGAACCUGAAGGCACUGUUCAGGCCGUGUGCCAUGGUGGUCCCAGACUUUGAGCUGAUUUGUGAAAUCAUGUUGGUGGCUGAGGGCUUCCUAAGUGCCCGGGUCCUCGCCAGGAAGUUUAUCACACUCUACACACUUUGCAAAGAGCUACUUUCAAAACAGGACCACUAUGAUUGGGGCCUUCGAGCCAUCAAAUCCGUUCUAGUCGUCGCUGGCUCUCUAAAGAGAAGUGAUCCCGGCCGAGCUGAGGAUCAAGUGCUUAUGAGAGCACUGAGAGACUUCAACAUCCCUAAAAUUGUGACCGACGACAUGCCUGUGUUCAUGGGACUAAUAGGGGACCUGUUUCCUGCCCUGGAAGUACCAAGGAAAAGAGACCUGGACUUUGAGAAGCAUGUCCAUGAAUCUGUUCUCGACUUGAAGUUACAGGCUGAAGACAAUUUUGUGCUAAAGGUGGUGCAGUUGGAAGAACUUUUGGCUGUGCGGCACUCCGUGUUUGUGAUUGGCAAUGCUGGCACUGGGAAGAGCCAGGUGCUGAGGUCCCUCCAUAGAAACUACCAGAAUAUGAAAUGUCGACCCGUUUGGGUGGACCUUAACCCAAAAGCUGUGACAAAUGAUGAGCUUUUUGGCAUCAUCAACCCAGCAACUAGAGAAUGGAAAGACGGUCUAUUUUCUUGUAUAAUGCGUGAAUUGGUCAACAUUAGUCAUAGUGGUCCAAAGUGGAUAGUUUUGGAUGGAGACAUUGACCCAAUGUGGAUUGAGUCACUUAACACCGUCAUGGAUGACAACAAGGUUCUGACACUGGCCAGUAAUGAGCGGAUCCCGCUGAACUCCACUAUGAGACUACUCUUUGAGAUCAGCCAUCUGCGUACAGCUACACCCGCAACUGUGUCUAGAGCAGGAAUCCUCUACAUAAACCCAACAGACCUUGGCUGGAACCCGUUGGUGUCCAGCUGGAUUGACAAAAGGGAAGUGCAAUCAGAGAAGGCUAACCUUACCAUUCUGUUUGACAAGUACCUUCCAACAUGUCUGGAUGCUCUGCGAUUAAGGUUUAAGAAGAUUAUCCCCAUUCCUGAGCAAAGUAUGGUCCAGAUGCUUUGCUACUUGCUGGAAUGUUUGCUUACUGAACAAAAUACCCCUGCAGACUGUGCCAAGGAACUUUAUGAGCUGUAUUUUGUUUUUGCUGCCAUCUGGGCCUUUGGGGGAGCCUUGCUCCAAGAACAGCUAGUUGACCACAGAGUGGAAUUCAGCAAGUGGUGGGUGGCAGAGUUCAAAACCAUUAAGUUCCCAUCUCAGGGCACGGUCUUCGAUUACUUCAUCGACCCAGAGAGCAAGAAGUUUGAACCCUGGACAAAAAUGGUGCCCAACUUUCAGAUGGAUGCAGAUACACCACUGCAGGCAUGCCUGGUUCACACGGUGGAGACGAUCCGAGUCCGUUACCUCAUGGACUGUCUGCUUGAACACCGUCGUCCUGUCAUGCUAGUUGGGAAUGCUGGGACCGGAAAGUCUCUCUUAGUUGGAGACAAACUUUCAUCAUUUGACCCUGACAAGUACAUGGUUAAAAAUGUCCCCUUCAACUAUUACACCACAUCUGCAAUGCUGCAAGCUGUGUUGGAAGGGCCCCUUGAGAAAAAGGCUGGACGCAAAUAUGGACCUCCCGGCAACAGAAGAUUAGUUUACUUCAUAGAUGACUUGAAUAUGCCUGAGGUGGACGCAUAUGGCACAGUCCAACCUCACACACUUAUACGCCAACACAUGGACUAUAACCACUGGUAUGACCGUAAUAAGCUCCUUUUGAAGGAAAUACAAAGGGUUCAGUAUGUGUCCUGUAUGAACCCAACAGCCGGAAGCUUCACCAUCAAUCCAAGGCUGCAGCGCCACUUCUCGGUCAUUGCCCUUUCUUUCCCUGGAGCUGAAGCCCUUACCACAAUCUACACUUCGAUCCUGUGGCAACACCUGCAAAAGGAUGGGUUUUCGUCCGCUGUACGGAACAAUAGCUCAGCUGUGGUCCAGUUAGCCCUGGCUCUGCAUUCGUGUGUUGCCUCAACAUUCCUCCCCACUGCAGUCAAAUUCCACUACGUCUUCAACCUGCGAGACCUUUCCAACAUCUUCCAGGGCAUUCUCUUCAGUACAUGGGAGUGCCUGAAAACCCCUGUGGACCUGCUGAAAAUCUACAUGCACGAGUCGAACCGCGUCUACAGAGACAAGCUUGUUGAAGAGAAGGACUUCCUCGUCUUUGAUAAGCUGCAGGCAGACAUGCUUAAAAAGUUCUUUGAGGACAUAGAGGAGACUCUAGAACAGACCCGGAUGAUGAACCUGUACUGCCACUUUGCCCACGGCCUGGGGGAGGCCAGGUACAUGGCUGUGGAGUCCUGGAGCAGCCUCAAUAAAACACUGCUGGAGGUACUGGACAGCUACAAUGAGGUCAACGCCACGCUCAAUCUGGUGCUGUUUGAGGACGCCAUGGCUCACAUCUGCCGUAUAAAUCGAAUCCUGGAGUCUCCGCGGGGUAACGCACUGCUGGUUGGAGUAGGCGGCAGUGGCAAGCAGAGUCUGACCCGACUGGCUGCCUUCAUCUCCAAUCUAGAGGUUUUCCAGAUCACUUUAAGAAAAGGAUACAGCAUCACUGACCUCAAAAUUGACCUGGCUUCACUCUACAUCAAAGCUGGCGUGAAGAAUAUUGGCACUGUGUUCCUAAUGACUGAUGCCCAAGUGGCAGAUGAGAGGUUCCUCGUUCUGGUCAACGAUCUGUUGGCAUCGGGGGAGAUUCCGGACCUAUUCCCAGACGAUGAGGUGGAGAACAUCAUUGGCAGCAUGAGGCCAGAGGUGCGCAGCUCAGGAUUGAUGGAUACAAGAGAAAACUGCUGGAAGUUCUUCAUCGAUCGCAUUCGAAGACAGCUCAAGGUUGCUCUGUGUUUCUCUCCGGUUGGUAGUAAGCUGAGGUGCCGUAGCAGGAAGUUUCCAGCGGUGGUGAACUUUACAGCUAUCGUCUGGUUCCAUGAAUGGCCGCAGGAGGCGUUGGAGUCAGUCAGCCUCAAGUUUCUGCAGGAAGUGGAUAAUAUCGACCCGGAAGUGAAGGAGUCUGUCAGUAAAUUUAUGGCACACGUCCACAUGAGUGUCAACCAGACAUCAAAGGAGUGCCUAGCCGUGGAGCGGCGCUACAACUACACCACGCCAAAGUCUUUCCUGGAACAGAUAAAACUGUACCGCAGUCUGCUGGGACAGAGGUGUAAAGACCUUAGCAACAAGAUCGAACGGCUGGAGAAUGGCUUGCAGAAACUCAGCUGCACUGCUGCUCAGGUUGACGACCUCAAGGCCAAGUUAGCGGCCCAAGAAGUGGAACUCAAGCAGAAGAAUGAAGAUGCCGACAAUUUGAUCAAGGUGGUUGGAAUAGAAACUGAGAAGGUGUCCAAGGAAAAAGCAGUGGCUGAUGAGGAAGAAGAAAAAGUGGCGGCUAUUGCUGUUGUGGUCAGUGGCAAGCAAAAAGACUGUGAAGAGGAUCUGGCUAAGGCUGAACCGGCUCUGACUGCAGCACAGGAUGCACUUAACACUCUCAAUAAAAACAACCUAACAGAGUUGAAGUCAUUUGGCUCUCCGGUGGCCGCGGUAACCAACGUCACAGCGGCCGUCAUGGUAUUAAUGGCGCCUGGCGGAAAAGUCCCAAAGGAUCGCACCUGGAAGGCUGGAAAGGUUAUGAUGGCAAAAGUGGACGCGUUUCUUGAUUCCCUCAUACAUUUCAAAAAGGAGAACAUUCCAGAAGCAUGUUUGAAAGCUGUCCAGCCUUACUUGCAGGAUCCAGAGUUCCAACCAGAACUGGUUGCAGCAAAGUCAUACGCAGCAGCAGGGCUUUGCUCCUGGGUUUUGAACAUAGUUAAGUUCUACAGAGUUUAUUGCGAGGUGGAGCCCAAACGUCAGGCUCUGAGUAAGGCAGACGCGGAACUGGCUGCUGCACAGGGGAAACUCGCCACCAUCAAAACCAAGAUCAAUCACCUUAAUGAGAACCUUGCCAAGCUCACAGCAAAGUUUGAAAAAGCUACUGCAGACAAGCUUAAGUGCCAACAGGAAGCAGAAUCGACCACACACACCAUUUCCCUGGCCAACCGCCUGGUGGGCGGCCUGGCGUCAGAGAAUGUUCGCUGGGCAGAGGCCAUCAAGAAUUUCAGGGAACAAGAGAGGACUCUGUGUGGAGACGUCCUGCUUAUAACUGCUUUUAUCUCCUACCUUGGCUACUUCACCAAACCCUACAGGUUACGACUGAUGGACCAAACCUGGAGGCCUUAUCUUAGUCAGCUGACGGUUCCUAUCCCGAUAACCCCCAAGUUGGAUCCUAUCACCAUGCUUACGGAUGAUGCCGACAUUGCUACGUGGCAGAACGAGGGAUUACCUGCAGACAGGAUGUCCACUGAGAAUGCCACCAUUCUCGUUUCUUGCCAGCGCUGGCCUCUCAUGGUAGACCCUCAGCUGCAGGGCAUUAAGUGGAUCAAAAACAAAUAUGGUGAACAUCUGCAUGUCAUUUGCAUUGGACAGAGCGGGUACCUGGACACCAUAGAGAGAGCACUUGUACAAGGCGAUGUGGUUCUGCUAGAGAACUCGGAUGAAAACCUGGAUCCUGUUCUUGGACCUCUUCUGGGCAGAGAAACCAUCAAAAAGGGGAGAUACAUAAAGAUUGGUGACAAGGAGUGUGAGUACAACCACACGUUCCGCCUCAUUCUGCACACCAAGCUUGCAAGUCCUCAUUACCAGCCGGAGCUGCAGGCCCAGUGCACUUUGAUAGACUUCACUGUGACAAGAGACGGGCUGGAGGAUCAGCUGUUGGCCGUUGUGGUCAGCAUGGAGAGACCUGACCUGGAGGAGCUGAAGUCCAACCUCACGAAGCAGCAAAAUGGUUUCAAGAUCACUCUGAAGAUGCUGGAGGACAACCUGCUCUCUCACUUGUCUUCAGCUUCAGGAAACUUUCUGGGUGACACAGAGCUAGUGCAAAACCUGGAAACAACCAAACGCACAGCUGCUGACAUUGAAGAAAAGGUAAAAGAAGCGAAGGUGACAGAAGCCAAAAUCAACGAGGCUCGGGAGCACUACAGACCAGUAGCAGUCCGGGCUUCGUUAUUGUACUUCAUAAUGAACGACCUCAAUAAAAUACACCCCAUGUACCAGUUCUCUCUCAAGGCUUUCAGUGUCGUUUUCCAGAAGGCAGUUCUGAAGGCUGAAACCGACGAGGAUCUGAAGCAGCGGGUGUCCAAUUUAAUUGACAAUAUCACGUCUUCAGUUUUCCAGUACACAACCAGAGGCUUGUUUGAGUGUGACAAGAUCACAUACAUUGCUCAGCUUGCUUUCCAGAUUUUAUUGAUGAAUAAAGAGAUAAAUCCUGCUGAGCUGGAUUUUCUUCUGAGAUACCCUGUCCUGCCUUGUGUAACAUCACCAGUGGAUUUCCUGUCCAGUCACUCCUGGGGAGGGAUCAAGUCCUUGUGCUCCAUGGAUGAGUUCAAGAACCUUGACCGAGACAUUGAGGGCUCGGCCAAACGCUGGAAGAAAUUUGUGGAGUCUGAGUGUCCGGAAAAAGAAAAAUUCCCGCAGGAGUGGAAGAACAAAACCUCUCUUCAGAAGCUGUGCAUAAUGAGGGCCCUGCGACCCGACCGCAUGACAUAUGCUGUGAGAGACUUUGCGGAGGAGAAACUGGGGGCCAAGUACGUGAUUGGCAGAUCUCUGGACUUUGCUGCGUCCUUUGAAGAGUCAGGUCCAGCAACGCCCAUGUUCUUCAUCCUCUCUCCUGGAGUCGAUCCUUUGAAGGAUGUAGAGAAACACGGAAAGAAGCUUGGUUUUACAUUUAACAAUAACAACUUCCACAAUGUGUCACUGGGCCAAGGUCAGGAGGUUGUAGCUGAACAAGCCCUUGACUUGGCGGUUAAGAGUGGCCAUUGGGUCAUAUUGCAGAAUAUCCAUCUGGUUGCACGCUGGCUAAGCAAUCUGGAAAAACUUCUCGAAAAGCGAGCAGAGGGAAGCCAUGAGAACUUCCGGGUGUUUGUCAGCGCCGAGCCUUCAUCCACCCCUGAGGGUCACAUCAUUCCACAGGGAAUCUUGGAGAAUUCUAUCAAGAUAACCAGCGAGCCACCAACAGGCAUGCAUGCCAACCUGCACAAGGCCCUGGACAACUUCAACCAGGACACACUGGAAAUGUGUGCUCGGGAUAAUGAGUUUAAGAGUAUUCUUUUCGCUCUGUGCUACUUCCAUGCUGUGGUAGCAGAGCGGAGGAAGUUUGGUCCUCAAGGCUGGAACCGAUCGUACCCUUUUAACACCGGAGACCUCACAAUUUCUGUUAGUGUCCUCUACAACUACCUGGAGGCGACUCCCAAGGUUCCCUAUGAUGAUUUGCGUUACCUCUUUGGAGAGAUCAUGUAUGGAGGUCAUAUCACAGACGACUGGGACCGCCGUCUGUGUUCAACCUACCUGGAGGAGUUCAUCAAGCCGGAGAUGUUGGAAGGGGAGCUAUUACUUGCACCUGGCUUCCCUUUGCCCGGAAACAUGGACUACAAUGGCUAUCACCAGUAUAUCGAUGACACCUUACCUGCAGAAUCACCCUAUCUGUAUAGCCUUCAUCCCAAUGCUGAGAUUGGCUUCCUCACGCAAACUUCAGAGAAGCUUUUCCGCACAGUGUUGGAGUUGCAGCCCAGGGAUGGAGGAGGCGGUGAGGGAGGAGGGAUGACUCGAGAGGAGAAGGUGCGUUCAGAGCUGGAAGAGAUUAUGGAGAAACUCCCUGAGGAGUUCAACAUGGCAGAGUUGCUGGGUAAAGCUGAGGAGAGGACUCCGUAUCAGGUGGUGAUGCUCCAAGAAUGUGAACGCAUGAAUAUCCUCAUCCGAGAAAUUAGACGUUCCCUCAAUGAGCUCAGCCUAGGUCUCAAGGGAGAACUAACCAUGACCAAUGAUAUGGAAAACCUUCAGAAUGCUAUAUUUCUGGUGAUGGUGCCAGAUACUUGGACCAAGCGUGCUUACCCUUCCAUGUCUGGCCUGGUUUUGUGGUUCACUGACCUGCUGGCCAGAAUCAAAGAGCUGGAAGUUUGGUCAACUGACUCUGUCUUGCCUUCUGCGGUUUGGCUGGCUGGCUUCUUCAACCCCCAAUCUUUCCUCACUGCAAUCAUGCAGUCCAUGGCUCGCAGAAAUGAGUGGCCUUUGGAUAGCAUGAGUCUACAGUGUGAUGUCACCAAGAAAUAUCGUGAAGACUUAACAUCACCACCUCGCGAAGGGGCUUAUGUUCAUGGACUUUACAUGGAAGGUGCUCGCUGGGACACACAGACCGGCUUGAUUGUCGACGCACGCUUGCAAGAGCUCACCCCCACCAUGCCAGUCAUCUUCAUCCGAGCCAUGCCUGUGGACAAACAGGAUAUCAGAAACGUGUACCAAUGUCCUGUUUACAAGACUCGCCAAAGGGGGCCCACGCACGUCUGGACUUUCAACCUGAAGACCAAAGAAAAGCCCUCGAAGUGGACCCUAGCUGGAGUGGCUUUGCUACUGCAAAUCUAGGAUUCCAGUUGCUUUUAUUAUUGUGCAUUUGUCCUGGCUUAAGACCAGACCUGGACAUCUCCAAUGGCUGAAUGUUGGCACCCUGAUGUCUGCAAAAUAGGCAGCGGUGCGUACAAUUACACCACUAGAGCCUCAUCACCCACACUGGCAUGCCAUAUAUAAAACCAGGGCCAAAUUAUUUUGGGAGGAAAUGUUUUUUACCCCCCAUAUUGGGAUGAUGCAGUUUUUUCUUUUGUAAUAUGGGUUCCAGUUUUUUAGUUCUUUGCCACAACACAAUGACUGGUUUUGAUAUGGCAUACACUAUUCAAAACAUUUCUUAUAAAAUGGUCUCUCCAUAUACCAGUCCUUUUUCUUCAAAUAAUUACCAGUUUCAUUGAUUUAAAAUCUGUUUUUUAACUGCCUUAAUGGAAACACAAGAUAAGAGCUUUGCCCACAAGCAUUUAAGUUGUUUGUUUUGAUUGGCCAACAAAAAAAGAAUAUUUGAGACACAAAUCUAAACAUUAUAGAUGAGGAUUAGGGCCACAUUGAAGAGUAAAAUGUUUAAAUAUUGAACGUUCAAACAAUAUAUUACACUCAUUAUAAUUAUUAAAAUAUAAUUACCAGCUUAGCAUAUCUGGAUCUAAAAUGGAGUGGUUUUAGUGUGUUGAAUAAGAAUAUUAUAUAUAAACAAAUAAAAGUGAAGAAUGUCAAAGAUGCACCCGCAUCCUAAUGAUUUUUUUGUAUGUUUUGUACAACCCUGAUUUAAGUGUAAUUGUUAGCAGGAACUUUAUGAUUCAGUAAUUUCAUACAUGUUUUAUAUCUGUACGCAGUUGGAUUUGGUAUUUUUGGCAUAGAUUAUAGUCGACUUUAACCUCUUGCUUUCAAUAAAGCUUCUAAAAAGGA